AUGGAUACACAUUUAACGAAUAUCGAGUCAUAUCUUGCAACUAUGCAAGCUCCAAUCCAGAUGCUCAAUGCACGAAACCAAACGGCCGAAGAUUAUGAGCGUGAAUCUUGGUUAAAGUUGAAUGAACUAGAAGACAUAGAGAAAUUUACAGAUUUUUGGUUGACAGGUUACGAUCGGUCUGGUACAURUCGUGGUAGUCCAUGGAAACGUCAARURAYUGGUUCGAYUGGACCAAGUAGUAGAYGAURCYUUGGUAGCGGAUCAGGUUCUCCAGGCGUAGGAGGAUUUGCCCAAUUUGGUGSUGCUGGCUUUACAAACAUUGGAGGGACUUCAAAUCUGGGUGGUGCUGACUUUACAAACAUUGGAGGGACUUCGAAUCUGGGUGGUGCUGGUUUUUCAAAUACUGUGGGUGGUGCUGGUUUUUCACAUUUUGGUGGUUCUGGCUCGCCAAACCAAUUCAGAUCAAGACACYYAUUUCAAGUUCCAAACUCCAACCCAGAAGUUAAUGUAUCUCCAAAUCCUAGGGUUGUCUCUGGUGAAGGUUUGGCGUUUAGGCCUGCGUCUGCAGCAGAGUUACUCGACCGUUUUAAUUUGUCCGACUUUAAUCGCUCAGUUUCUCGCAUUAUCGAGUUACAUUCGCACGGAUUACAUAAUCUCACAGAAGAUGAGUUACUUGAGCUAAUUUGUCUUGAGCACAUGGAUAUCAUGGAAACACUCUUUCGGCCUGUUAUAGAUUACUAUAACAAGUAUUAUCGUCGACAACCAAUGGGGACUGAAUGGGGAUUAGGAUGGUGCAACAUUCAGACAAGGAUUUACAACUAUCCAAGAGAUUUCUUACAUCUCUUGAGAAUGCGCAUCGAGGUGUUCACACGGCUAUGUGAGAUAUUACGUACAGAGUAUGGAAUAAAAUGCACAAAAAACAUAUCUGUAGAAGAAACUGUGGRGAUGUUUCUUGUGAUAUGUGGUCAUAACAUGACCCAACAUUCAGCAGGGCUUUUGUUUGGACGGGCACAAGAGACAGUUGGACGUAAAUUCAAAGAGUGCCUAAAAGCAUGCACGAAACUGUCUGGUAGAUUGCUUAGGAAGCAGACUCCCGAACAACUCCGGCAGACAUUGAUUUUGAUGAUGCUUUGCAUACUACUGCAAUCCCGCGAGAACAUAUUAAUAACAAUGGAGAAAGUGGAGAAAGUGCAGAAGAAGACUUUCUACAUAAUCAAGAGAGAACAACAGCAGGAACUCGUAUGCAGAUAA